CCGACAUUGAUGGGAAGUGUGCCAGCCUUCACCCUCACCUUCUUUCCAUUGCGCAGCCUGUUAGUCAUCGAUUCCAUGGCCUCCAUCGGCCUCGUCUUCUUUAUGUUCAUCGUCGGCGUUGAGAUCGAUCCAGACGUCGUGCGCCGCGUCGGCCGCCGUUCCACCCUCCUCACCAUUGUAUGCCUCAUCGGCCCUGUCCUCAUCGGCGUGCUCGCCGGCAUCAUACUCCACAGCCGCAUCCAAGACGGGACCCAGCGAGGCGCGUUCGUCACUUUCCUCUGCGGCAUCCUCUGCGUCUCCUCCUUCUCCAUGCUAGCCAGAACCCUCGCCGAUAUCAAACUGAUCGCUUCCGAUAUUGGGCGGCUCGUGCUCUCAUCAGCGAUGAUAACGAACGGGUUGGCUUGGGUGCUUAUGGUGUUUUCCACCGCGCUGGCACAGAGCAAAGGGAAAGCCCUUUCAGCUAUAUGGUCGGUGAUCUCUGGCGGGGUGUUUAGCGUCGUGGUUUACAUGGCUGUGAGGAGAGCUGCGAGGUGGGUGCAGAAGAGAACGCCGGAGGGAGAGGAGGUGGCAGAGCUGCACGUGUGCGUGAUUCUGGUUGGGGUGAUGGUGGCGGCGUUUGCGGCGGAUGCGAUUGGGACUCACGCCAUCUUUGGGGCGUUUGUGUAUGGGUUGGCUGUGCCUAAUGGACCGCUAGGCGAGCUGCUUAUUGAGAAGAUUGGGGAUUUCAUUGAAGGAUUGCUCCUUCCACUUUUCUUUGCGGUUAGUGGAUUCAGGACUAACCUUUACAGCAUUGUGGACGCCGGCGCGGUGUUUUUGUUGCUAAUAGUUGUGAUCGGAGCGGCUAUCACGAAGGUCACCGGUUCCGUGCUCGCAGCGUUUUAUAUGGAGAUGCCGUUUCACGACGGAAUCUCGCUGGGAUUGCUUAUGAACACGAAAGGGAUUGUUGAACUCAUAUUGCUCAAUAUUGGCUGGGACAAAAUGGUGCUGCGAGAUCAAACAUUCACGAUCUUGGUGAUAAUCUCCGUAAUAAGCACCACCUUGAUCACUCCUCUCAUAAACGUGGCCGCGAAGCCUUCCCGCCGCUACGUCGCCUACAAACGCCGCACUAUCCGGUGGUGGAAUCCAGAAUCCGAACUCCGAAUGCUAAUCUGCGCCCACUCCUCCCGCGAAGUCCCCUCCCUCAUCUCCCUCCUCGACAUCUCCCACCCCACCAAACGCUCUCCUUUCUUCGUCUACGCCCUCUACCUCGUCGAGCUCACCGGCCGCGCCUCCACCCUUUUCGUCGUCAACACCAACUCCUCCUCCUCCUCCUCCCUCGAAUCCCACCGCGCCGCUCCCAACGCCGGCGGCGCCGGCUUCAUCCGCCACCAAUCCGAAUCCGAACACAUCUCCCACGCCUUUGAAUCCUACGAGCAACACGCCGGCGGCGUCUCUGUUCAAUCCCUCACUGCUUUCUCCCAAUACCCUUCUAUGCACGAGGACGUCAUCGCCCUCUCCGAGGACAAGCACUGCGCCCUCAUUAUCCUCCCUUUCCAUAAGCAUCAGACCAUCGACGGCACUAUGGAGGUGACCCACCCAGCCAUCCGCUGCCUUAACAAGAACGUCCUCGCCGGCGCGUCGUGCUCUGUUGGCAUCCUCAUCGACCGCAGCCUCGCUGGAACUGGAGCCCGCGCGCAGCGCUACGCUGUAGCGCUCCUGUUCUUCGGCGGCGCAGACGACCGUGAGGCGCUCGCAUACGCCGACCGUCUGGCGACCCAUCCCGGCGUGGCCCUCACCGUCGUGCGCUUCCUCCCCUGUAUUGGCGCCGGCGGAUCACGACGACGGCAGGAUAGAGUGGUGGAUGUGGCGGGGGAGAACGACGACGAGUGUUUGGCGCAGUUUCAGGCGAAUGGUGGUGGAGAGGCGGAGUAUGUGGAGAGGAUGGUGGGAAAUGCGGAGGAGACUGUGGCGAUGCUGAGGGAGAUGGAAGGGCGUUAUGAUUUAUAUAUUGUUGGGAUUGGAGAAGGGAUGGCGUCGCCGCUGACGGCGGGGCUGACGGAGUGGAGUGAGUGUGAGGAACUUGGGCCGAUUGGGGAUUUGCUGGCAUCGCCGGAUUUCGGGUCGAGGGCGUCGGUGCUGGUGCUGCAGCGGGGGAAGUAUAGGGAAGGAUCAGAGGAAAUAGAGAUGAGCGGAGGCGCGGUGGUGUUGCCGAUGCCGGCGGGGUCAGGGAAGUAGGCGCAGGCGUACGAGGAGAACACCAAGGCAAGGGGAAGGAUUGUGAUUGGCUCUGCUAGUUAGGUGGUGAAAUUAAAAGGCGAAUGCAGAUUUUUAAGUAAGAAGCUUUUUGCCUUUUUCAAUUACUAGUAUAAAUGCACCAUAAAAUUUUAUAAAAUAAAAAUAAUUUCAUAAAAUUACAAUAAACUCAUGUCAUAUUAUAUAGCUAUAUUAAAUUUAUACGUAUUUAUAGUUUAAGUAAUUUAUGAAUAGAAAUUUAUAGUUUAAGUCUUAGCAUUGUAUGAAAAUUCAUAAC